CCGCCAUUUGAAUGGGCCGAAGCCGAAGCCGAAGACCGAAAGAGAGAACUUUGGAUUCGCACCAAUGAGAAUCCCUUUUUCUUCCAGAUCUAUAUCCCACUCCGUCACCGCCUCCGCCGCCGCUCCUAGACUUCCUCCGAACUCUGACGCCGUCAAAUCCUCUAUCUUUUCCGGUGUAACCACCAGGGUCCGAUUUCUUGACAGUAUUCUCCUUCGUUUCCCGAGCUUUCUCAGUUGCGCCUCUCCGUCGGCUGUUUCCCCUCGGACGAGAAGUUUCUCCGGCGCUGCCAAUUUAUCAACCAUGGCGUCUAGUGGCGAAGGAGCCGUUUUCAAGUUGUCCGAUUCUAGUGUUCUUAAUAUCCUCAAAGGCGAUAUCACCAGGUGGUCCGUCGACGGUUCCUCCGAUGCUAUUGUUAAUCCGGCAAAUGAACGUAUGCUAGGCGGUGGUGGUGCAGAUGGAGCCAUACAUAGAGCUGCUGGGCCGCAGCUGAGAGCUGCUUGCUAUGAGGUCCCGGAAGUUCGUCCUGGAAUCCGUUGCCCUACCGGAGAAGCAAGAAUCACCCCUGGUUUCAACCUGCCUGCAUCUCAUGUGAUUCACACGGUCGGGCCGGUUUAUGAUUCGGACAGUAACCCUAAAGAAUCCCUCGCAAAUGCAUACAAGAAUAGUCUGAGAGUGGCAAAGGAGAACAACAUCAAGUGCAUUGCAUUUCCUGCCAUAUCUUGCGGUGUCUACGGGUACCCUUUCGACGAAGCAGCUUCGGUAGCAAUCUCCACCAUUAAACAGUUCGCCGACGACUUGAAAGAGGUCCACUUCGUUCUGUUUUCGGAUGAGAUAUACAGCGUGUGGAUAAACAAGGCAAAGGAGGUGCUACACCCUUAGAUCCAAUGACCAGUAAAAAACUCAAGUCCAAACUCUAUUAUUUAGCUCUGCCUUUAUCUGUCAGAUUGGCUAUCUUGGUAUGCUUGUUUAGCCUGUGACAACAUGGUAUGCUAACAUUCCUCAUGGCCGUUUGCAAUAAAUUUUAAUGUAUCUGUAGCCUCUGAUUUAUAUGUUUGUCUCAAAUUUUAACAUAUGUGAUAUAUA